AUGUGGCUGAUAUUCUGGAGAAGCCCUCUCUUGCCCCCUGUUCUCCAAGUGCCUGAGCUGGUGGCUGGCUGGGACCCGCGUCUCGCCCUCUGGGUCCUGAGCUUCGCCUCGGCGGUUGUGCAGAUGGAGGGCCAGGUCUACUCGCCGACUGUCAACACGCACUAUGGGAAGUUACGGGGGGUGCGUGUGCCACUGCCCAGUGAGAUCCUGGGGCCUGUGGACCAGUACCUGGGGGUGCCUUACGCCGCCCCCCCCAUCGGGGAGAAGAGGUUCAUGCCCCCUGAGCCACCACCAUCCUGGUCAGGCAUCAGGAAUGCUACCCACUUCUCGCCGGUCUGCCCGCAGAACAUCCACAAUGCUGUUCCUGAGAUCAUGCUGCCCAUCUGGUUUACCUCCAAUUUGGAUAUUGUGGCCACGUACAUCCAGGACCCCAAUGAAGACUGUCUGUACCUCAACAUCUACAUCCCCACGGAGGAUGUAAAACGGAUUUCCAAGGAAUGCACCCGAAAGCCCAACAAGAAAAUAUGUAGAAAAGGAGACAUCCGAGACAGCGGGGCCAAGCCGGUGAUGGUGUAUAUCCAUGGUGGCUCGUACAUGGAGGGCACGGGGAACAUGAUAGACGGCAGCGUCCUGGCCAGCUACGGGAAUGUGAUUGUCAUCACCCUGAACUACCGCGUUGGAGUGCUCGGAUUCCUGAGCACGGGGGACCAGGCUGCCAAGGGCAAUUACGGGCUGCUGGACCAGAUACAGGCGCUGCGCUGGGUCAGCGAGAACAUUGCCUUCUUUGGGGGAGAUCCCUUGCGGAUCACUGUCUUCGGCUCUGGCAUCGGUGCCUCCUGCGUCAGCCUGCUCACCCUCUCCCACCACUCUGAAGGUCUCUUCCAGAGAGCCAUCAUCCAGAGCGGCUCUGCACUCUCCAGCUGGGCGGUGAACUACCAGCCCGUGAAGUACACCAGUAUGCUGGCUGACAAAGUGGGCUGCAAUGUGCUGGACACGGUGGACAUGGUGGACUGCCUGCGACAGAAGAGUGCCAAGGAGCUGGUGGAGCAAGACAUCCAGCCAGCUCGCUACCAUGUGGCCUUUGGGCCAGUCAUUGAUGGGGAUGUGAUCCCGGAUGACCCAGAGAUCCUGAUGGAGCAGGGCGAGUUCCUCAACUAUGAUAUCAUGCUGGGGGUCAACCAGGGUGAGGGGCUGAAGUUUGUGGAGGGUGUGGUGGACCCCGAGGACGGUGUCUCGGGCAGUGACUUUGACUACUCGGUCUCCAACUUUGUAGACAACCUGUAUGGCUACCCCGAGGGCAAGGACACCUUGCGAGAGACUAUCAAGUUCAUGUACACGGACUGGGCCGACAGGGACAACCCUGAGACACGUCGCAAGACUCUGGUGGCUCUUUUCACUGAUCACCAGUGGGUAGAGCCGUCGGUGGUGACGGCUGACCUGCACGCUCGCUAUGGCUCCCCCACCUACUUCUAUGCCUUCUACCAUCAUUGCCAGACAGAUCAGGUACCUGCAUGGGCAGAUGCAGCCCAUGGAGAUGAGGUUCCUUACGUACUAGGAAUCCCUAUGAUUGGUCCUACUGAAUUAUUUCCUUGUAAUUUUUCCAAAAAUGAUGUCAUGCUAAGUGCGGUGGUGAUGACGUACUGGACAAACUUUGCAAAAACUGGGGACCCCAACAAGCCUGUUCCCCAGGACACCAAGUUCAUUCACACCAAGGCCAAUCGGUUUGAGGAGGUGGCCUGGUCCAAGUACAACCCCCGUGACCAGCUGUACCUGCACAUCGGGCUAAAGCCACGGGUACGUGACCAUUACCGGGCCACCAAGGUGGCUUUCUGGAAGCACCUGGUCCCCCAUUUGUACAACCUGCAUGAUAUGUUCCACUACACCUCCACCACCACCAAAGUGCCACCACCCGACACCACGCAGAACUCCCACAUCACCCGCCGGCCCAACGGCAAGAUCUGGACGACCAAGCGCCCCGCCAUCUCGCCUGCCUACAACAGUGAGAACAGCAAGGAAAAGUGGACCCCAGAGCAGGAGGCGGGCACCCUGCUUGAGAGCCCCCGCGACUACUCCACCGAGCUAAGCGUCACCAUUGCCGUGGGUGCGUCCCUCCUCUUCCUCAACGUGCUGGCCUUCGCUGCCCUCUACUACCGCAAGGACAAGCGCCGGCAGGACACGCACCGGCAGCCCAGCCCCCAGCGUGGCACUGCCAAUGACAUCGCCCAUGCGCCCGACGAGGAGAUGCCCUCCUUGCAGGUGAGCCAGGGGCACCACGAGUGCGAGGCUGUGCCACCUCAUGAUGCCCUGCGCCUGGCCGCUCUGCCCGACUACACCCUCACCUUGCGCCGCUCUCCGGACGACAUCCCGCUCAUGACCCCCAACACCAUCACCAUGAUCCCCAACUCGCUGGUGGGGCUGCAGACCCUGCACCCCUACAACACUUUCACCGCCGGCUUCAACAGCACGGGGCUCCCGCACUCACACUCCACCACCAGGGUAUAG